GAGGCGGCUACACCCCCCGACCCCCCCCCCGCGUGACCCUCCUCCAUCACCGCCAUGGGAAGCAGCCGCAGCGCCGCGGCCCCGCGCCGCCGGGAGCCGCUGCGCCGGGACGCGCGGACUAUAAAGCAGCGCGGCUGAGGCGGCGGCUGCGCCACAGCUCCUCUCCUCCCGCGAGCCCAGCAGGACGAUGACGACGACGACGACGAUGAUGAUGAUGAAGAGGAGGAGGACCAUCUAGGGAUGAGAAGUGCUUCUCCAGCAGACAACUUGGACCUCUGCGCGACCCUCCUCUGUGUUUAGCUCCCGGGACCAUGUGGCCCCCGCGUGUGUCCGCGGUGCUCUUAUGUUCAUUGAUGGUCGACAUCUCAGCUCGGGUUUUGACCACCAUCAGCCCAGCUGACCAUUCGACCCUCUCACCCCGCCACUAUCAGCACACCGACCCUGACUCGGGCACCCAGCUGGUCUGUGACAAGUGCCCGGCAGGCACCCACGUGUCGGCCCACUGCACCCCGGCGGCCGUAAGGGAGUGCAGCCGCUGCCCCGAAGGCACCUUCACGCGUGGCGAGAACGGGAUGCAGAAAUGCCAUCCCUGUCGAGCUGCGUGCCCUGCAGGCUUCAUCGAGAAAGCCAUCUGCAGGCCCAUCCAGGACAGAGUCUGCGCGUGUCCCCCCAACAGCUUUCUGUCGGGGGAUGCGUGUAAAGCCCACUCGCUGUGCCCGCCAGGGACCAGGGUGAAAAGGCGGGGCAGUGAAACCGAGGAUGCGCUCUGCAAGCCGUGCACCAAAGGGACUUUCUCAGAUGUGGAGUCGAGCAUGACGAAGUGUCGCACUCACACGGACUGCAAAGCUCAGGGUCUGGUGCCGAUAACCCCGGGGACCAAAGAGACUGAUAAUGUCUGCGGAGCCCCCUCAUCUUUGCCUGCCUCUACAACCAUGCUACUGGGGCCGGAACAGGCUGUUCUUGUACAUGAACCCAUGACUUCCUUAUCCGCUCCUUCGUCAUCCCUGAAUGGACCUGCCCAUAAAGGCACCUACAGCCAGUCAGCAGCCAUUCAACUGAGGGGAAGCCUUGGUGGGGGAGACCACCCCGCAGAGGGGCCACUCAGCAGGUUAAGCACUCCCACCCCAACCAAUCACGAUUCCCCGCGGGUUCCACAGCAAAACACGGACCUCGAACACAGACUCGGGCAACCCAUCUUUGACCCUGUGCCAGGCUCCAACAAAAAGGCGGCAGAUAGUAUGGAGGGAGCAGAGAUAGUCAGAGUCGGUGUCAGUAAGGUCGCCGGCCAGGGGAGCGGCGGUGGGGGGACUGGUGUGUCUGGCUACUACAGGCCCACUCGCAGGGGAUCCCCGAGGCCCAGCACCCACGACCACUUUGACAUCAACGAGCACCUCCCGUGGAUGAUAGUGCUGCUGCUGCUGCUGGUGCUGGUGGUAAUCGUCAUCUGCAGCGUGAAGCGGAGCUCCCGCGUGCUGAAGAAGGGCCCCGUGCAGGACCCCAGCAGCAUCAUUGAGAAGGCCAUUCAGAAGAAAGCAGCUGCGCCUCCAACGCAGCUCAAAGAGAAGUGGAUCUACUACUCCAACGGACAGGGGGUGGAUAUCCUGAAGGUGGUGGCGGCCCACGUGGGCACCCAGUGGGUUGACAUCUAUCAGUCGCUGGCCAACGCCACGGAGAGGGAGGUGGCCGCCUUCUCCAACGGCUACUCGUCGGACCACGAGCGGGCGUACGCCGCGCUGCAGCACUGGACCAUCCGAGACGGCGACGCCAACCUGGCCAAGCUGAUCAACGGCCUGCACAGACAGCGGCGCAUCGACGUGGUGGAGAAGAUCCGCUGUGUCAUGGAGGACAACCCACAGUUUGACAUCAACCAGCUGAUGACCUCAGUGAAUGUAAACCAAAGCGUCAGCAUCCCCAACAAGCCGCUCGGCUCUCCCAGCAGCGUCGGCAGCGGCGGCAGCGCUGGCGGGGUCAGCGGCGCGGCGGUGGAGCCGUCCCCGGUGGACCGCACCAAGGGGUUCUACCCCGACGAAUCGGAGCCCCUGCUCCGCUGUGACUCCACCUCCAGCAAAGACUCCGCCCUCAGCAGGAAUGGCUCCUUUAUUACCAAAGAGAAGAAAGACACCGUGCUCCGACAGGUUCGUCUGGACCCGUGUGACCUGCAGCCCAUCUUUGACGACAUGCUGCACAUCCUGAACCCGGAGGAGCUGCACGUCAUCGAGGAGAUCCCAGCUGCCGAGGAUCGGCUGGACCAGCUGUUUGAGAUCGCCGGGGUCAAAAGUCAAGAGGCCAGUCAGACACUGCUGGACUCCGUCUACAGCCACCUCCCUGACCUGUUAUAGUGCAAGGAGGGAAGAAGAAAUCCACUGGACCAGAACAAGGGUCUCUGUGGGAGGGAUAACUGCGGUCUGAUGGAGACAUUUGACAGUCACAUGAUUGGAGCUUGGUGUUUUAGGUGAGAUGGUGAUCUAUUUCACAUCUUGACUUUACUCGUUAGUUUAGAGUUCCUCUUUGUUUAGAACACCUCCACUCACCAGGAUACAGGGUCAACGCGAUGUAAUUAAACACACACGUGUCACACCGGGACGUACCCAUGUACUACGUUACCAGCCUGCUGGUAUUAUGAGUAUUUCAUGAGGCUUCAGAGCUUCCAAACUUUGUUAAUACAUCUCAACUGGCCAAUGCCUUUAUGGGGUUGGGGUCGUACCAAUCGUCCUGGCUUCCCCUGUAUUCAACAUGAUUUCAGCGUAAAACCCCACCAUAAAAAUAAGUUUGUGGCUAUUGCUAAAUGAUUGCAAUAAAGGAGACUACACACACACAGUAAAUAAACUAUAACUCUAAAUGGCACCAGUAUUAUUAUUAGGGCUUUGAAAGGUUUAGGAGGCAGAUAUUUAGCCCGGCACGACUUUGAGGAGAUGGUUCCUUUUCUCACCACCCUCCUUUGCAUUUACUUUGAGGUGGAGGGUCUGUGGGUCAUUUAUGCUGGUAACCUACCAGACCAGCAGGGGGCAGUGUCAGAUUAGACGGCUGACCUGCUGCUCUGGAACCAAAGCCAUAUUUAGAAAAAAUACUGGAUUAAAUGUCUAAGUAACACGAUAUCACAUUAAUAGAGUAAUAUGCUCUAAAAAGGGUCAAAAACUAUCAACAAAGAACAGGAAGUUGUGUUUUCAGCCACCAUCUUUGUUCCUUUGGAACCAAAGCCAACUAUCUAAAGCUCUGUGUUGUUGGACGGAACCGACACGUCCACCAGAUGUCUGCUAGCUGCCCCCAUUCGCCUCAACAAGUGUACCGUUGCUAAAGGGUUCUUGGCACGUUUGCGGAGCUUCAUGUAUGGCUGUCUGAGUGUUUCCAAGUGAUUGUUUCUUCAUGCGGUGAUAUGUGGCGUCAUGCUCUAUGUGGUGCAUAUCAAAAUCUAACAAUGAUGCACUAAUUCUAUUUUUUUAGAGGAGAGGCUGACUGUAUUUUCCCUCCAUGUCUUUUAUUCUGAAAUGCUGUUGACUAAAAUUAUAUUUUGUCAACUUUUUUUCUACAUUCAGUCUGAUAACCUUAUUUUAGCACCUCUUUGCUAUCAUUUUGACUUCAUUGUAUCUGUUCAUAUCUGCCCCCUCCCCCGCUUGAUGAUGAUGAACUGGCCGGAAUGUAAGUUAUGCAUUACUCCAUACCUGAAGUCUACUUGAUUGAAGAGAGAUAGAAAUAUUGUGCUCUUUCAGUUCCUUCCAAGUUCCAAGCUCUUAAAGUAUCUAAUAAAACUGAAAAGCACCAUAAAAAAACCUCAUGAACGUUUGGCGAGGGAUUAUCAGGCGCCAUGAGAGCAGCAGAGGAUGGACUCUGUUCUGACCAAGCCACUUACUAUGGAAGCUACCGUGGGUCUAGAUGUGAACUGUCACCGCUGGGCCUGAAAGCAGGGGGUGUUAACCCCAAACCAGUGACUAUUUCAAGUAUUCCAGACAGCGGGAAGGAAAAGGAAGUGUGCGUUGCUGUGGUUUCUGGGAUGUUGGCAAUGAGGAUGGGGAUGAGAAUGUGUGCGCUUGCCCUCCACAAGGCUGUGGGGACUUUAAAUGUUAUUUUCUGAAGUCUGACAGAAUGAUGGUACGGUUUGAAACGCACAUGUGGCUCGAGUGGAGGAUUUCAUUAACUGUGUAACCACUAUGUUUACUACUAUGUAACCUCUUAAAUUCAACCAAUUAAAGCUCAAAGCAUUUGUCAUA